UUUGUUUCAAUCACAACAGUGUUUUCCAACAGCGAUCCUCUAUCAAAAUGGCGUUUAAGAUAUUUGUCAUGUUUACCACACUGGCCUGCGUCAGCGCUGGAUAUCUCGAAUCUGAUCAGCAUUAUGCCCCAUUGGCUCACUAUUCGUCGGCACCCGCUGUGAGCUACAGCUCGGUCACCCAUCAUGCAUCCCCAAAGCUGGCAGUUGCCAAAACUUAUGCCGCCUAUGCCGAACCAGCUGUCCAAUAUGCUGCUCCAAUCACCAAGUCCUACGCCGUCCAUCAGCCAUCUGUUCUCAGGACCAUCGUUGCCGAGCCAGCUUACUCUUACGAUCAUGCUGCCCCGCUGGUCUACAGCCAGAGCUUGGGAUAUCCCAAAACUCUGUCCUAUGCACCACUCGCCAAGACAAUCGUUGCCCAGCCGGCAUACACCAAGGUCGUCGCUGUAGAACCGACUUACGCCAGGACCAUUGUUCCGGAAGCAGGGUAUGGCCAUGCUGCUCCGAUUCUUGCCGCCAAGGGUCUGAACUAUGGCGCCCCUGCUGCCCACUAUACCUGGUGAAUGUGCAGUUCUUCGAAACAGCAUAAAGGCCAGCCCCGUUGAAUGUCAGUAUUGAACUUUUUUUGAAUAAAUGUUUUACGCUUGAGAUAAAUGUUUCACUUUUCACUUUUUUAGAAUUUUGAAUUUGAAGAAGUAUUAUACUAAUAUACACCCAGGUUUUUUUUA